AUGGUCACAGAAAAUGAUGGGAUAGUUGUCUGUGACUUCGAGUACUCCUGUAAUGGGAACCGUGGCUACGAUUUCGGCACUAAAUUUGCUGAAUGGGGCCGAGAAUUGAGUGAUAUGAUGAAAUUGUUUGAUUUUCCCGAUGACUUGGUAUUUAAGCCAUUUAUAAAUGAAUACAUCAAAGAGUCUACAAAAUUAUUGGGAAAGGCAUUCAGCUCAGACAAGAGAAACACAUUCGACCACAUCUUAAAAGAGGGCAAAAUAUUUACAUUGGUUUCCAAUAUGUUCAUGGUCUUAUUAUCACUUAAGAACAACGAUUCAUUUGUCAAAGACGUCCCGUUUGAUAAAAAGGAGCAAAUGCCCUAUAGUGACCUCAUGUAUAAGAACUACUAUUAUCUCAAAGAUAGGUUUAUUGCGGACAAA